AUGAUCUCCGCCUCCCCUAUCGCCCUUACCUCCGAUGUUGUCCACGCCAGCGGAUCCAUCGAUCACUCUUUCAAGAUCCAUCCUACCGGUUCCUUCGACCCUAAGGAACCUAUCCCCACCUGCACCGACGAGAAGUCUAAUUUCACCAUUCAUCCCACAGGUGGCAAGACCGAACUUCACCACUAUCGUCCAUCUGGCACUGGUAUCGAGUCCCAGAAGGAACCAAAACCUACUGGUGAUGUUUCGAAAACACAUAAAAGUAGCCAUGCAAAGGCGAGGCGUCUGGACUGGUGUUCACUCGCUAAAAACCCAUCUUUACUGGACUUUUAUUGUUACUGGGGUUGUGCCUGA